AUGCGUCACCUUCCUAUGCUAGUCAUGUUGCUAGUUGCUAUCACGCUGCAUGCAAGCGCGAUUGCCUUCCCCAAGUCAAAGUUGGCGACCUCAAGCGUUGUGAAUCGUCUAUCUCACAAAUUGGGUGACGCGGUCGUUGAGAGGUCUCUGAGAGCCGAGGAAGGUACUUCAAAAUCAAUCGACGGUGAAGAGAGAGUCCUUGAUGCUGUUACCAAAAACCUCGGAGUGACUGAAAAGAUGACAGAGACUUUAACUGGGGCUGAGGGCGUAAAACCAACACAAGUCGAAAAAGGUGGUGAAUCUGUCAAAGGAACAGAAACCUUUCAUGCUUCAAAAGACCUCAAAGCUGCAGCGAAUGCCGAACCUGCGGUUGAAGCCACUUCUACGCCCAUCGUCAAAUCUCCGAACUUUUUUCAACGUCUGGGUAACAAGAUUAAAAGUAUAUUCGCCAAAAUCCUGAGUUGGUUUCGUUGGAAGAGAUCAGAGCCUGCCUCUCAAGACUCAACCACCGUUACAAAGGAAAUUGAGGACACGUCAGCAGCUCGUGUCGACGGUGGGGUGGGCGCCAAAACUGUCGAUAUUAGCACGCUACAUGAGAAAGCUAAUGAACAUGGCGAUGCUUUGCCAUCAGGUAAGAAUGUAAAGAUAACGGGCGAUCAAUCCCCCCCACGUGAACCAAAACCAACGACAAACCUAAAUUCUGGUGAAGAAGUUGUCAUACAUCCCCCGAGCACAAAGGACAACCCAGCACCGAAUGAAGAACCUUUCCCACCUGUACUACAACCUAAGAACGAACCAGCCCAUGAUGAACCAGAGGUUUUCUUUCAUUUACACGAUCCUCCAACGUCCGGUGAAAAGGUUAUUGUACUCAAAUCAGAACCAGAUCGAUUUCCAGAAACGGGUGAAGGGCCUCCCCAACAUGUAGUGAACACGGAUUUCAAACCGACACCAGGUGAAGUGCUUAUUGCACCAAGACCGAAAUCCGAGACAAAAUCAUCCUCAGAGGAGACAGAGGUGCUCAUGCGUUCACCGGAUCAUAAGACACAACCAAAGCCCGAUGAAGAGGUUUUUGCACACAAAUCGGAAGCAAAUCCUAAUCCAAAAAAGGGUGAAGAGCCUCCCCAACAUGGAACAAACACGGUUACAGAACCGAUUUCGGAUGAAACGGUUCUAUCGCCAAAAGUGAGAUCCAAGGUAGAACCAGACGGGGAUGAGCAAGAGGUUCACGUGCGUUCACCGAAUUUUGAGGAAGACCCAACGUUGGAUAAAGAGAUUCCUUCUCAUGAUCCUAAACCGGGUGAAGAGCCUCCCCAACAUGGAACGAACACGGAUACCAAACCGACUGCAAAUGAAGAGGUUUCAUCUCUAAAACUGAAAUCCGACGUACCACCAGCCCUGGAUGAUUCAAAUCUACCGGCAUCCUUUCCAGAACCACUUAUCGGUGACGAGGUCUUAGAUCAUGAGAACUACAUAUUAGCUCCAGACACUCUUGAAUCUCCCAAUCUGGAAACGGCAACUACUGACACACCUCAAACAUCGUUGUGGAGUCAAUUCAUAAAUACAGUGAUAUCUCCAUUUUGGAAACCGAAAUCACCAACAUCACGGGUCGAACCAUCUCAGUAA